AGACAGUUGAUACUGUAGAACAAGUUGCAGCAUGCAACAGCAGUCUUUAUAAGCAUUGAGACCAGUGGAUUUUUCAAGCGAAAUUUAUCGGUGCAUGAGGCUAGAACAGUCGUCGACCAAACUUCACUUGCUUACAAGAUAAUCAUGAGGAUCAGUACAAUCUACGCGAUCUUGUUGGUGUUUUCUUGGACUGUCUUCGGAUUUUUGCCAGAGGUUGGUUCAGCGCCCAGCAUGAGACAUGACACGUUUUCGCAACUGCGAAAACGCUUUUCCCGUUCAGUGUCCUCAAACUGGAAAGAAUGUUCGUGGAAUAGUAUCAGCGAGGGUAAAGACUACGGUCUGAUCAGGGAUUGUGUUUUUAGAAAGAAACAGAGCAAUUCUGCCCUGCACGUUUACUGGAAUGGCGAAUUCAGUGUGAAUCAAUGUAGCGGUUGCUGUAAGCGCUGGUUCUUCACGUUCAACGGUGCCGAAUGUCAGUCGCCUCGUGCAAUAGAUGGCCUUGUGUACUUAAGUUAUGGUACCGUUUGGCUCCACCGUGUCCGCCAUAUUGAGGGUCACUGUAACAAUGUCCAAAGGGGAAAUGUCCGUGUCGGCUUUAAUGUUGGUGACUGUUCCGGGUAUGGGAAUGCUAAUGCAUACACCGGGUGGGGAACGGCCAGCCGUUUGUUCGUAGAGGAAGUACCUAGCCCCCAGACGUAGGAGGCUUUUGACUUGUGUUACGGGAUGUUUAGCAGUGGUUAUUAGAAAACUGAUGUCUUGCUUAGUUCGUCUCUAAAAACAUUAAAU